UACAUUUGACUCUUGAGUAAUUAUGCAAAGUAUUAAGUAUAUCUUACAUUUGACUCUUAAGUAUAUACUAUAUUAAAUAUAUAAUCAAUUAUUUAACUGGUUAAUUUGGUUUAAUCGGUUAGGAGUGUCUGAAACCAAACUAACUAAACCAAAUAAAUUAAAAUAUUUAACCAAACCAAAUAUCCAAAUUAUACAAAUACUACUUAUUAAAACGGUUAUCAUAACCGCACCGUUUGAACACCCUAUGUAUGUAGUGUAGCGACUCUCUUGAUAAUUCAAGAGUGGUUGCUGGCUUGCUGCGGUGGAUCCAACUAAUAUAUUCCCUGCUUUCUGUUUCAGUUAUCUAUUCGAACUCUGCUCCUUCCCCGGCGAGAUAUAAAAGUUCCGCACUUUUCCCGGGUUCCACAUCUCGCUCUGUCUCUCUCGUCUUUUCCCCUCUGUUUGGUAGCUGAGAAUCAGAAACCACGCUUUGAAUCGGGGUGGGAGAAAAGGGGAAAGCAAACAGCUUUUCCCCCCCUUCCGCUCAUCUCUUUGCACUCUGUUCGUUGUUCCUUUCUUUCUCCGAGAAUCUGGAAAUUUCGGAUCUUUGCCCGGUUUCCACUUCUGGGUGGUGGGUCUCUAUUGAAAACGGCAAAGAAAAGCAAACAACUUUAGCCCACCUGGGUAUCUCUCUCCGUCUGAUUCUGCCGGCAUCUGGAAUAAAUUAGCUGUUAUCCACAUAUGGAAUGGACGGUAGAUCAAGCUACUUGACGCUGGGCGAGAAGCUCUGCUCCGUUCUUUUCCCUCUGAUAGGAAUCUGCGAGGCUGUGAUUUUGGGGUUCGUCGGUUGCUGCGGCGAUCUCCGCCGGCAGCCUGAUCGGAAGUUCGAUUACUCCCUCACCGACUUCGUCGAAAUCUCAAGAAACUCCCCAUUUACCGUCAAUGAAGUGGAGGCUUUGUUCGAAUUGUUCAAGAAAGUCAGCUGUUCUAUCAUCGAUGAUGGGCUUAUCCACAAGGAAGAGCUCCAAUUAGCACUACUGAAAACUCCAGCAGGCAAAAAUCUCUUUCUCGAUCGGGUGUUCGAUCUUUUUGACGAGAAGAGAAAUGGUGUGAUCGACUUUGAGGAAUUCAUUCAUGCGAUCAGUGUGUUCCAUCCUGGUGCUUCUGUGGAAGAAAAGAUUAAUUUUGCUUUCAGAUUAUACGAUUUGAGACAAACUGGAUUCAUCGAGAGAGAAGAAGUCAGGCAAAUGCUGAAUGCUUUCCUUUUGGAGUCUGAAGUGCAUGUCUCCGAGGCCAUUCUCGAGGCUAUCAUUGAUAAGACAUUUGAGGAUGCUGAUGCUGAUAUGGAUGGGAAGAUCAACAAGACGGAGUGGAAAGAAUUCGUCCUCAAGAAUCCAGCGCUCCUCAAAAACAUGACUCUUCCUUACUUGAGAGAGAUCACAACUGUGUUCCCAAGUUUUAUCUUCAACACGCAAGUUGAUGACUGAAGAAUCUAGCUACUGUCCAUGAAGAAGCUAGCUACUACCCGCGUGGAGCUUGGUAACAAGCUGUUCCGAUCCACCAUUGAAGAGCACUAGAGCAGCUGAGGAGCAAAGAGACAGAAGGAUGAGGCGCUGCUUUAAUUGGGCGGGGCAGAGCUGGGGACUGAUUUGGUCCAUCUGUGCAUCCAUUGUUUGAUUACAUCUUAUUCUCCCCCAAUUCUAUUCAUUGAUGAAUUCUUGCAUGUCGCAUGUAAUGCAAAGUGUAUCUCCUCCUGCUUCACAUUUUUGUUUAUAAUGAUGAAUCAAGCAACACGAUGAUAGGUUUACAAUUGUAUUCAUUAUUGUUUCCACCUCUAUUAGGCUCUCAUAUAAAAUGAUGGGCAAGUAACCAUCAUAACCGGUGAGCUAAGAAUAGGUUCACAGUCCACACUGAAUCGACCCAGACCGAAACUAUACUUGAAUCAGUCUAACGUAUGACGAGAUUUGGCCAAGUCUAACGAUACUUGAGACAGUUUAGUCCAUCAAAAAACAAAGAAAGAAAUGGAUUCGGUUACGUGGGAUUGAAUUCAUUUUAGAUCCAUGCUUUGAUCUGUUUUCUUCAUUUUCUGACUCAAGUCCGAUAUAGCUUGAUCUGGUUCCUGACUGGAAUGGAGCAGACAGCACCUCGGCAAAUAAUAUCUUGUUCAGUAGAGGCGGCAAACAGAGUCGUCUCGGCCAAUGAUGGUGUGUGUCUUCUCCCCGCUUAAGAAAUGGAAACCUCAAGACUUCUUUGCUAGCUAUCCAGAAUCGGUAAACGAACUUCUACGGGGAGACACAGACCGGUAAGACAUAGAAGAGGUGAGUUUCCGGGCACGGAAGGGUAGUUCCAACUUCCAAGUUUCGCUCCGACCAUUCCUGGGAUUGAUCAAUUAGAAAGCAAGCGAGCUAAUCUCAUUACACCUGCCCUUACGAACAAGGCCAGCGUUUUCUUCUUCCUUAUGAUAGAGCGACUAACCGCCUCCCCUCCCCUUUGGAAGCUUACCUCAUUCCAUCUGACCUUUUGUGCUUCCCACUUCACUGUGAUAUCAUAACGGCAGCUGACAUAGCAUUGGUGAAGCAACACCGAACAGAUACAGUGAAACUUGGGAAAUCUUCUCUGUCGGCGAUGGGAUAUUCUCAUCUGCAGAAUGAUCAAGUAACAUGAUUAGUUGCGAUCCCGAAACUAAUAAUGAAGGGGGAAAACAAAACAUUUAUUCGUCUAUGUAAAGCAAAAAUAAAAAAAGCAUCUGGGCAAUGAUCAAUUUUAGCAGAGCUGUGAUAGCAGUUUCAACAACUGGUAGUGGAUAAAAUAUGGAGACGAACAGGCAUGCAGCUACAAACAAACAAGAGUGCACUUCAUUAGCACUAUAUACAGCUUCCCAUAAUCACCAUUUCUGCCUUCAUAACCAUUCCAAGGUUGGUCAUCCUCGACCAAGAAAGCCUUUAAGAAGGCCUAUCCAACACAAUUGUGGAAGUCCUACCUACCAACUCUUUCAACCCAAUUAGAUCUGGAAAUGUCUAACAAACCUACAUCCUCCUCAUGGAAAUCCUCUAGCAAUUAGUACCAUAUAGAAAUACUGCCGGUUUCCUCCUUUUUCCCAAUCAAGCAGGCAACUUUCAGCUUCUGAACCGAGUACCAGUUUUUUUCCAGAAGAUUAUUCAUCUUGAGAUGAAUGAGGAUAAAACUACAUUCCAAAACUCUAAGUAAAUAAGUAUCAAGUCAAAGACUGGAUCGUAACAUUAACUCCCCGUCCUCCAAUCUAGAGUUAACUAAACAUCCAAUCCAUGGUCGGAAACCCUUUGCAACCAUAUAAUAUAUAUCUAUCUAACUAUUCAAAUGCCUGUCUGCAACUAAAGCAAGUGGUCAUAU